AUGAAGUCCAAUCUGGUGCUAGUUAUUAUAGUAGCCACCAUUUUUGGAAUUGGGGUUAAAGGAUGCCAUUGCAAGAUUGUUCAGUUCAUUUUUGGAGACUCACUCUCAGACGUUGGAAAUAACAAGUACCUCUCAAAAAGCCUUGCUCAGGCAAGUUUGCCUUGGUAUGGUAUUGAUUUGGGUAACGGUCUCCCUAAUGGGAGGUUCUCAAAUGGUCGCACAGUUGCUGAUAUAAUAGGUGACAAUAUGGGACUUCCUAGGCCUCCAGCAUUUCUGGAUCCAUCUUUAACUGAAGAUGUUAUAUUGGAAAAUGGAGUGAAUUAUGCUUCUGGGGGUGGCGGCAUAUUGAAUGAAACUGGCAGUUAUUUUAUUCAAAGGUUUUCUCUCUACAAACAAAUUGAGCUGUUUCAGGGGACACAAGAACUAAUUAGAAGCAAAAUUGGAAAUGACGAAGCAGAUAAGUUUUUCAAAGGAGCUCGCUAUGUUGUUGCUUUAGGCAGCAAUGAUUUCAUCAACAACUACUUGAUGCCUGUUUACAGUGAUUCAUGGACAUACAAUGAUGAAACCUUCAUGAACUACUUGAUAGGAACACUACAAGAACAACUGAAGUUACUGCAUAACUUAGGAGCAAGGCAAUUGAUGGUGUUUGGGCUGGGCCCAAUGGGCUGCAUCCCUCUUCAAAGGGUGCUUAGUUCAUCUGGGAAUUGUCAAGACAAAACAAACAAACUGGCUCUUAGCUUUAAUAAAGCUACAAGCAAGUUAGUAGAUAACUUGGGGAAGCAACUUCCCAAUUCAAGUUACAGAUUUGGAGAUGCAUAUGACGUUGUUAAUGAUGUCAUUAGCAACCCAAAUAAGCAUGGAUUCCAAAACGCAGACUCACCCUGUUGCUCCUUCGGGAGUAUUCGACCCGCUCUUACAUGUAUACCUGCAUCGAAACUCUGCAAAGAUAGAAGCAAGUACGUUUUUUGGGAUGAGUAUCAUCCUUCAGACAGUGCUAAUGAGCUAAUUGCCAAUGAACUCAUCAAGAAGUUUGGAUUUCGGCGUGUUGAUGAAACACAAGCUCCUUCAUCAUCACCAGCUGUUGCUCCAUCUCCAGAUGAUUAA